AUGUUCACCUACUUGCUUUUGGCUUUCGUGUUGGCCGCCUCGAUUCGGGCUGAUUGCCCACCCGGAUCCCAGCAAAUCCCCAACGAGUUCAACUGUGUUUAUGCAGUGUCUAACGGUUCAUCAUUCGAUUCCGCCUACGUAACUUGUGAAAAACUCGGCGGGUUGCCUUUCGAGAUCAAGAACGUUUUCGAGAAUGCUUACCUGAGAGCUCUUAUUGACAUUUUCUUCAACGGAUCGCCGGCGUUCAUUGGUGUGCAGAAAGGAGAGGGAAAUCGAUGGGUUUACAGUGACGGAACACCAUUGAUCUACAACAAUUGGGGAAAAGGACAACCAGCUCAAUCAAACCUCGCUUGUGCUCAACUUGACUCGGCCACAUCUGAAUGGUCAACCGUGUCUUGUGCUCAAAAACUUCCAUACUUCUGCCAAGUCCCUUACUAUCAAAAUCUCAACACCACACUUGCUCCAAUUAACUCGACGUCGACUCCUUUUGCCAAUUCGACGAGCUGGCCAUCUAACUAUACCCAGACUCCAUAUGCUAACUCGACAAACUGGCCCUCCAAUUUCACUUUGGCACCAGCCAACACCACCAAUUGGCCAUCCAACUUCACUUUGCCACCAGCCAACACCACGAAUUGGCCAUCCAACUUCACUUUGCCACCAGCCAACACUACUAACUUCCCGUCCAACUUCACUCUGCCUCCAGCUAACUCCACAAACUGGCCUUCUAACUUCACGCUGACUCCAGCUGCUAACUCGACGAAUUUCCCCGGAAACUUCACCAACUCUCCAAGCAACUUCACAAAUCCGAUCUUCAGCAACUCGUCGGUCACUUUCCCAGCUUACAACUACACGGCCGGCCCUUCAGCUAAUGGGACCACACCGUCGCCGUUAGUUUUGAAUGCUCGUCAAAACGCCACCGUCGUACCAGUGGGCAACUAUACCGGGGCACCAUUCACAUUGGCUCCAAACGUGACACUUCCUCCAUUUGUCAACCCCAACUCGACCAACACUCCACCCCAAGCAUCAACCACUUCAUUUGAUCUCGAGCGAUUGGUUGGUAAAGCUUUCAUGGCGGGACUGGGCUUGGUCAAUCAU